AUGAAAGCGAAAAUUAAACAGUUUUCAAUAUUUGUGUUAAACGACACCAAAACUAAGACAAGUUUUUGUUGGCAGCAUUUUGGUGAUCUGGUUAUCGAAGAGGAUUACAAAAAGAAGAAAGUGUGCAAUGAUCAAGUGUUCUGCAAUACAUGCUUGACUGCUGCCCAAAAAGAUAAUGAUGAAAUAUCAUUUGGAUUGAAAAGCAAGAACUUUGCAAAGAAAAAGAAAACGUUUGUUUGUAAUGUAACAAACAAUACAACUCCGGAGCGCAUAUCAGAACAUUUGGAGAUGGACGAGAAUGAACCAAUUAUUGAUGAUGAGGGGUCAGAGUCAAAUUCAGUUUCAGGACUACAAACAAGUGAUGAAUUUGGUACAUAA